CCCGAAGUGGGAGGGACGAAAUGGAGGGAGGGAACGGGGCGGAAAGUGAAAGGCACUGAGCGCCUCUCUUUCCUCCGUCUAACUCGGUUCUCGACUGCUCCCAGCCGCCGCUGUAUUGUGGGAUCGCGGCGCCGUGCCUGAGACGCUGGAUCCGCAAGGGAGUCGACUCGCUAGCGCCUCCUGUUGUCUGUAAGGCUGCCCUGCCAUUCCUCGGCGCCCCAGCUACCCCCACACCCCCAUCACCUCCUCCUCCAUCCUCCAGUUCAAAAUGGCGACGGCGGCGGCAGCGGCGGCGGCGAUGGCUCCUCCGGGCUGCCCGGGUUCGUGCCCCAACUUUGCCGUAGUGUGCUCCUUCUUGGAGCGCUACGGGCCGCUGCUCGAUCUGCCUGAGUUGCCGUUCCCCGAGCUGGAGCGGGUGCUGCAGGCGCCGCCGCCGGACGUCGGCCACGGAGAAGUACCAAAAGAAUUGGUGGAGCUCCAUUUGAAGUUAAUGAGAAAGAUUGGCAAAUCCGUUACAGCAGACAGAUGGGAAAAAUAUUUGAUCAAGAUAUGCCAAGAGUUUAAUAGCACCUGGGCAUGGGAAAUGGAGAAGAAAGGCUAUCUUGAAAUGAGUGUUGAAUGCAAACUAGCACUCCUAAAGUACCUCUGCGAGUGUCAGUUUGAUGACAAUCUCAAAUUCAAGAAUAUUAUCAAUGAGGAAGAUGCUGAUACCAUGCGUCUCCAGCCCAUUGGCCGAGACAAAGAUGGCCUCAUGUACUGGUACCAGUUGGAUCAAGAUCACAAUGUCAGAAUGUACAUAGAAGAACAAGACGCAGAUGGAUCUUCAUGGAAAUGCAUUGUCAGGAAUCGAAACGAGUUGGCUGAGACUCUUGCACUCCUGAAAGCACAAAUCGAUCCUGUAUUAUUGAAAAACUCUAGCCAACAAGACAACUCUUCCCGGGAAAGUCCCAGCUUAGAGGAUGAGGAGACUAAAAAGGAGGAAGAAACAGCUAAACAAGAGGAACAGAAGGAAAAUGAAAAGAGGAAAAAUGAAGAACAGCCAAUAGAUUCUGAAAACCAUUCUAUACCCAAUGCUCUAGAAGAAAGUACCAUGAAAAGAGAAAAAGAAGAUGAAAAGGAACUUGUGAAACUGCCAGUCAUAGUAAAGCUAGAAAAAUCUUUGCCAGAAAGUGAGGAAAAAAAGAUUAUCAAAGAAGAAAGUGACUCCUUCAAGGAAAAUGUCAAACCCAUUAAAGUCGAAGUGAAGGAAUGUAGAGCAGACUCUAAAGAUAUCAAAGGUAGCAUGGAGAAGCUCGAGCCUGAGAGGCUCGAGUUUGGUGGCAAUGUUAAAUCUCAAGAAAUUACUGAGAAGUCUACUGAAGAAACUGAGAAACUUAAAAAUGACCAGCAAGCCAAGAUACCACUAAAAAAACGAGAAAUUAAACUGAGUGAUGAUUUUGACAGUCCAAUGAAAGGACCUUUGUGUAAAUCAGUUACUCCAACAAAAGAGUUUUUGAAAGAUGAAAUAAAACAAGAGGAAGAGACUUGUAAAAGGAUCUCUACAAUCACUACUUUAGGUCAUGAAGGGAAACAGCUGGUCAAUGGAGAAGUUAGUGAUGAAAAGAUAACUUCAAAUUUUAAGACAGAACAAAUGGAGACAAAGUUUUAUGAUACAAAGGAAGAUAACUAUAGCCCCGCUAAGGACAAAAGUGUCAUCGUGGAGGGAAAUGGAGCAGAGUCCUUAAAUUCUGUCAUAACAAGUACGAAAAUAGGUGAUCUUGAGAAAGAAGUGGUCCCAUUAGGGAAAAAUGCAGAAAGUUCAGUAUCAGAUAUGGAGACCCAGAGUCAAAAAGAUCAGACAAAGGAAACUGAUCCUCCAGAAAUGGAAACCUCUCUCGAGACUUCUGAGAUGGCAAAGGAUCUCUCUUUAAAAACUGCUUUAUCUACCACUGAAUCCUGUACCGUGAAAGGUGAAGAGAAGUCUUCCAAAAGUAAGGAUAAGCACCCACCAGUCCUAGAAUGUCUUGAAAAGUUCGAGAAGUCCAAAAAGACUUUUCUUGAUAAGGACACGCAAAGAUUGAGUCCAAUACCAGAGGAGGUUCCGAAGAAUACUCUAGAAUCAGUAAAGCUAGGCUCUCCUGAGGCAGCUGAAACUUCUUCGCCAUCUAACAUGGCUGGCCACUGUGAGAAACUAGCCUCAGAAAAAGAAGUGGUGGAGUGUCAGAGCACAAGUUCUGUUGAAGGUCAGUCUCUGGAAAAAACAGACCCAGAAAUUCUAAGAGAGGAUUCUGAAUCCUCGAAGAUAGAAAUGGAUAACCUGGGCAAUGUCCAGACCUCUGGCGCAGAGGAUCCUUCUGAGACAAAGGGUUCCAUGCAAAAAAGUAAAUUUAAAUAUAAGUUGAUUCCUGAAGAGGAAACCACUGCCUCAGAAAACACAGAGAUAACUUCUGAAAGGCAAAAAGAGGGCAUCAAAUUAACAAUUAGGAUAUCCAGUCGGAAAAAGAAACCAGAUUCUCCUCCCAAAAUUCUAGAACCAGAAUCCAAGCAAGAGAAAUCAGAAAAGGAAGAAGAGAAAACAAAUGUGGGUCGUACUUUAAGGAGGUCUCCAAGAAUAUCUAGACCCACAGCGAAAGUGGCUGAGAUCAGAGAUCAGAAAGCUGAUAAAAAAAGAGGGGAAGGAGAAGAUGAAAUGGAAGAAGAGUCAGCAGCUUUGCAAAAAACAGACAAAAAGGAAAAUUUGAAAAAAACGGAGAAGGAUACAAAUUCUAAAGUAAGCAAGGUAAAAACCAAAGGCAAAGUUCGAUGGACUGGUUCUCGGACACGUGGCAGGUGGAAAUAUUCCAGCAAUGAUGACAGUGAAGGGUCUGACAGUGAAAAAUCAUCUGCAGCUUCAGAAGAGGAAGAAGAAAAAGAAAGUGAAGAAGCCAUCCUGGCAGAUGAUGAUGAACCAUGCAAAAAAUGUGGCCUUCCAAACCACCCUGAACUAAUUCUUCUGUGUGACUCUUGUGACAGUGGAUACCACACUGCCUGCCUUCGCCCUCCUCUGAUGAUCAUCCCUGAUGGAGAAUGGUUCUGCCCCCCUUGUCAACAUAAACUACUAUGUGAGAAAUUAGAGGAACAAUUGCAGGAUUUGGAUGUUGCCUUAAAGAAGAAGGAGCGUGCUGAACGCAGGAAAGAACGCUUGGUGUAUGUGGGUAUCAGUAUUGAAAACAUCAUUCCUCCACAAGAGCCAGAUUUUUCUGAAGAACAUGAAGAAAAGAAAAAAGAUUCAAAAAAAUCCAAAGCAAAUUUGCUCGAAAGGAGGUCAACAAGAACACGGAAAUGUAUAAGUUAUAGAUUUGAUGAGUUUGAUGAAGCAAUCGAUGAAGCUAUAGAAGAUGACAUCAAAGAGGCUGAUGGAGGAGGAGUUGGCCGAGGAAAAGACAUCUCCACCAUCACAGGUCACCGUGGGAAAGACAUCUCUACUAUUUUGGAUGAAGAAAGAAAAGAAAAUAAACGACCCCAGAGGGCAGCUGCUGCUCGCCGGAAGAAACGCCGGCGACUCAAUGAUCUGGACAGUGACAGCAACCUGGAUGAAGAAGAAAGUGAGGACGAAUUCAAGAUCAGUGAUGGAUCUCAAGAUGAGUUUGUUGUGUCUGAUGAAAACCCAGAUGAAAGUGAAGAAGACCCACCAUCUAAUGAUGACAGCGACACUGAUUUCUGUAGCCGAAGACUGAGGCGACAUCCCUCCCGGCCAAUGAGGCAAAGCAGGCGUUUGCGGAGAAAAACCCCAAAGAAAAAAUACUCCGAUGACGAUGAAGAAGAAGAGUCUGAGGAGAAUAGCAGAGACUCUGAAAGUGAUUUUAGUGAUGAUUUUAGUGAUGAUUAUGUAGAAACUCGGCGGAGGCGGUCAAGGAGGAACCAGAAAAGACAAAUUAACUACAAAGAAGAUUCAGAAAGUGAUGGUUCCCAGAAGAGUUUACGACGUGGUAAAGAAAUCAGACGAGUUCACAAGCGCAGGCUUUCCAGCUCUGAGAGCGAAGAGAGCUAUAUGUCCAAGAACUCUGAAGAUGAUGAGCUAGCUAAAGAAUCAAAGCGGUCAGUUCGAAAGCGGGGUCGAAGCACAGAUGAGUAUUCAGAAGCAGAUGAGGAGGAGGAAGAGGAAGGCAAACCAUCCCGGAAACGGCUACACCGGAUCGAGACAGAAGAGGAGGAGAGUUGUGACAAUGUUCAUGGAGAUGCAGAUCAGCCUGCCCAUGACAGCCAGCCCAGGGUCCUGCCCUCAGAGCAAGAGAGCGCCAAGAAACCCUAUCGGAUAGACAGUGAUGAGGAAGAGGACUUUGAAAAUGUAGGCAAGGUGGGGAGCCCAUUGGACUAUAGCUUAGUGGACUUACCUUCUACCAAUGGACAGAGUCCUGGCAAAGCCAUUGAGAACUUGAUUGGCAAGCCAACUGAGAAGCCUCAGACCCCCAAGGACAACAGUGCAGCCAGUGCAAGCCUGGCCCCCAAUGGGACAAGUGGGGGGCAGGAGGCAGGGGCACCAGAAGAGGAGGAAGAUGAGCUUUUGAGAGUGACUGACCUUGUUGAUUAUGUCUGUAACAGUGAACAGUUAUAAGACUUUUUUUCCAUUUUGUGCUAAUUUAUUCCACGGUAGCUCUCACACCAGCGGGCCAGUUAUUAAAAGCUGUUUUAUUUUUCCUAGAAAACUCCACUACAGAAUGACUUUUUAGAAGAAAAAUUUCAACUACCCUGAAGUCUUUCUGUGAAGUGACCAGUUUUGAACUUUGAAGAUAAAUAAUUGCUGUAAAUUCCUUUUGAUUUUCUUUUUCCAAGUUCAUGGUCCUUGGUAAUUUCAUUCAUGGAAAAAAAAUCUUAUUAUAAUAACAACAAAGAUUUGUAUAUUUUUGACUUUAUAUUUCCUGAGCUCUCCUGACUUUGUGAAAAAGGGUGGAUAAGAAUGCAUUCCGAAUCUGUGAGGGCCCGAAACAGAACUAGGGGUGGGAGAAGACACUUGUGCUUUAGCUUUUUCAUAUUAAAUAUAUAUUAUAUUUAAACAUUCAUGGCAUAGAUGAUGAUUAACAGACAGUUUAAAAGUCCAAGUCUGUAUUGUUGCAGUUUGAGAAUUGUAGAUAACACCAUACAUAAGUCAUUUAGUAACAGCAUUCAUGAUAUCAACUUGUUUACUAUUGGAGAUAACCACACUUAAUAAAGAAGAGACCGAGAAAGUACCAUCGUAUAAAAACUCUAACCUAAGUUUCUGUGAUAGUGGAGUUUCUUGUUUUAAAAAAAAUCAUCUGAAAAGCAUUUGUACAGUAAAAUGUGUAAUGAAGCUUUGACAACCAGAUUGUGCUAGCAACAAAUUUUCUAGAACAGCUUUAUGCAGUGGUGAUGAGGUGGCCUGUCAUAUACUAUCAUGGUGAGUUAGUAGUGAAAUGAGUAUGGGCUUUCUUAAGGCCCAGGUGGACUAUAGACUUUGCAGACAGUGUAACUUUUGUCUUCUGGCCACUUGGUAUUUAACUAUAUGAAAUACCAUUUUGAAACAAAUACAUCUAUACAGAAUAUAACAUGAAGAGAUGCUAAACUGACAGCGGUAUUUUAGCACAUUUAAAGAAGGGGAAAGGAUUUUCAGGUGAAUUUUAACUGGUCUAUUCUUGCCCUUAGUAUCUACUUCAAAUUGAAGUCUACAAACAAAGCAGUUCCUUUGGGAGGUUUUUAGUUUGAGUUUUAGCAUGUAUGUGUGUGUAUAUGUGUGUGUGUGUAUGUGUGUGUGUUGGAAUUUCCUAUCUGCUUGGAUAUAUUAGCAGGGUUUGAAUGUAGUUUCGGCCUUUGGCCAUUAGACUUCUAUUAAAAUUCAUUAAUAGUCACACGACCAACAUAGAGUUGAUUGAGAACCGCCAAUGUACUUAAUAGGCAUGACAUCCACUUCAAACAUCUCGACACUUUUAAACAAGAUAAGCCCUUUGUUUCAAGAAAAAGGGGUUUGUAACUAACUGAAUAUCUACCAUGUAAUUGACACUAAAAAUACGAACUUUGUCUUAACUUAGAUUCUGUUACAGCUGUAAAAUUUCAGGCAGAGCCAUAAAUAAUGUUGUACAAAGUGUAGCACUUGUGAUUAAACCUUGCCUGUCAAAUUCUGAAACCUUCAGCCAUUACUUCUGUGGAUACUUUCGCCCUGGGGUUUGGGUUUUUCUGUUCCAGUGUUGUGUCUGUUGCCGGCAACGGACGCACCAUAUCUGCUGCUGGCCCAAGGAACUUCAUUAAUUUUUCUUCCCAAAUUAUAUGUGCUAGUCAGUCAGUGUAUAGUAAAGCACUUCUCUUUUUUAUUAUUAAAAAGCUGGCAUUAGACUCGCGUUAUAAAUACCUCUCUAGAAACUUUAUACUCCUUUUUUUCCUUCCUCAACAGGUGUUGCCCUUAAAUCUUAUCUUUUUGGCCUUGAAAGUUCAUAGCUGUUGUUUUUCAGUUGUUGGUUCUUUUGUUUCACUUUAGUUCUGUGGUACCUGCCCAUUAAUAUUUUUUGCUUUAAUUCUAGCAAUGUAUAUGUAUCUGUAUAAAAAAUAAAAUAAUGAAAGCAGCCUAAAAAUAGGAUGCACCAAUAGCAUGUGGUUCCAAGCAAAUUGUGAUUUUUAUUUUGAGACAAUGUACCACUGGAAGGAAGGGAAGGGCUUGUAUUCAUGGACAGCAGAGCAGGGCUGUGGAGGGAUCCGCAUUCACUUAUGAGCUCCUUGCCAGCUAGGUUUUGUUGCCUUUAUUUGCAAGUCAGUUAAGAAUGUUAGCCGUGUUGACUAAAACAGGCAGGCAAUGGAAGGAUUCCUACUAGUGCAAGGUAAGUGGUUCGAGUGCACGUGGCCAAUCCUGCCCCCAGCCUCCCUCGACCAUUUUAGUCCUGCAGCUGGUAACAGCCACUACUGUGUGGAAACUCUCGUGUACCCUGUCCUGUCUACCUCUGGACACACCAGCUCCUGCUUCCACCUAUUAGUUCUACUCGGCAGUCAAGCAGGUGAUAAAAAGUAUUAAAUGGGUAGAUUAUUUCUUUUACAGGAUGCCCAAGGUGAAAUGAGUUCUUUUUACCCUUCUGCUACCGAGAGCAAAAGGUAAUUUUUACCAUAGUGAACAUAUUCCAUGUACCAAAUGUCCCACUGACAUGGGUUAUGAUACCCUUUGGCUGCCUGUUACUUACCAAACUUCAAUUAGAUGUUUGUGAACUUGAUAGUGUAUCCCUUUUAACCUUACAUUCUGAUUAAACCAGUUAACUUUGUUUCAUCUAUAAAGAGUGUAAUCCAAGCAACUGGUACUUACAAGUUGUUAUUAUGAAGAUUCAUUAUGGGUAAUUAAAUGUUGAACAGUUCAAAAACAAUUCUGCUACUUGGUGUUUAGAUUCAGUCCCUGAAAGAGUCUGUUCACUGAAAUAUUAACUCAGUAUUCUAUGAAAAAGAGAAAAAAAAUACGGAAAAGUAAACAUUCUGUAUCCAAAGAUUCAGUUGUUAGGAACUGGACAGAGCAUAGGACAGCAGCACUUCAUUUAGGGUUUAGAACAUCUGGAAUCCUGGUUAUUAAGAGUACUAACCAUGGGUUAGGGUCCCAAUAGCUGCUAUAUAAUAGAGCCCUUUAAUACUUUAAACCCCCGAUUUUGAAAUACAAGUUGGACUCCCAAUAUAAAACUCCACAGUCUGAAGCAAAUGUAUUAAGGGAGAUGUAGUUUAGUACCCAGAAUAUUUCGUUUGCAAUUGCUGUAAAGGUUUGGAAAAGAGCCAAAUUUUCACAAACCAGAAGCUUUGAAUUAAAUUAUGUGAAAAAAAAAAACUCAGAUUGAAAAUACACAUUUUGUUUUUGUAGACUUGUGCUGAUGAAACAGUGUUCAGUGUCAAACAUUUUUCCAUUGUUGGCACGUUACUAGGGAAUGAUGGCAGAGAUAUUUGAAGAAGAUACCUGAUAUAUUGAGGUUGGGUUUCCUUGAUACAUCUUUUUCCAGUUGGUCGAGGUUGCACAUUCAGAGAAUAAAAAGGAGUUUCAUUUAGAAGAAAUUCAUGUCUACUGAUAAUAUAUUUUUUAAUGUGACCUGCCAAAGAACCAAGGACUUUGAAUGCUAAAGACGUUGUUGAAAAAAAGAUUUUUAAACAAUCUGAUUUUAAGGAUGUUACAAACUCCAGUUUUCAUUUUUUGGUUGAUAGAACCCAUUCCAUAAUACGCAUUUGAGCAAAGUACAUAUAUUAAGGAAAAUGUAGAUGUUGUUAUUUAGAGAUAACGUGGUGGAAAAAUGUUAGCUAUUUUUAAGUGGGACUGAUGGCAUUUCCUUUGUGACAAGGAAUGCCUUUUUAGCUUGUUUGUGGGCUGAGAGAGGUUAACCAUUCGCUAGUUUGUACUACCAUCCAGCUAAAAGGAACCUAAUGAAUCUACAAGAAAAUGUUGUAAACUCUGACCUUUGCCAACACAAUGGAACAGGUUCAUGAUUCAUGGUGUUGCCUCACAGCUAUAGAUCUUUUUUUUAGGUGGAAUGAAAAUAUAUAUGUACGUAUAUGUAUUUAUGUAUGUAUGUAUGUAUAUGUGUACAUACAUACUUUAGAUGUUAGAAGAAAAAUUGAAUCAUUUGCGAUUGUUAAUUGACAAAAAGAAAUAAGGCAAAUAAUUAUAACGUAUAAGAAAUUAUGAACAUUUAAUUACAGAAAGCCUAGAGAAAAAUAGUGAAGUUCCUCUUCUUGGUUUGACAUUCUAAAAAUGUAUUCCUGGUUCUCCCAAGAAGGGAGACUGCCAAAACUACACAUCUGCUGUAAUCUACAUAGCCCUCUGCUUAAUAUCUGUUAUUAAACUUUCUUAGAAGAAAAUCCAUUCCUAUUUUAUCCACCAUUCCCAGUGUAUACCUGUAAACCUACCUUGGAAGUGGCAAGCUACCUGCCAAUUUUCUUCAUUGUUUUUAUACCAAUCCUGAAAGACAAGGCCUUUUGCUACCAAUGUAUUUAAGCUGGGUUAUUAUGUGUACAGUUAAUGUGUUUUCAAAAUAUUUCACUCCAACUUACAUUGUCAUUUAACAUUUUUUGAGUGCCAAGAAUUGCUAGGUGACUAUGUAACAUUGAAGAUAGAGUCAUUCCCCAGCAAGCAAGCAGUCGUUAAGCCAAAAUGUAGUGCUCUUGGUAUAUAACCACUUCAGAAUGGACACUCAAUGCUUUUUUUUUAUUCAUAUAAACCCUCUCAGAAAUUGAUUAGGCUAGAAUUUCCCGUGGAUUUCUUCCCACAUUUUGGUCAUAUAAGCUCAAUAUUUUCUUUCAUUUUAUAUUUAUACAUUUUACUCUGGGAAAUGCUGCAAACUCAGUUCUGGCACAUUGUAGUGAUUCCAGUUAAUGAAGAUGUUAUUUUUAUUUUAAUAACUUAGAUUUCUAUCCUAUGCAUAAGUUAUAUGAGAGGGCAUAACAAAUUAUUAGUAGAUGCAUAGAAAUUUAUUAAUUAAGCUCCUUAAGACAUUUUGAAUAAGAAAAACAUUUUUAAAGGAACUUCAUUUGUGUUUUUUUGCCAAACCGGUACAAGCUAGAAAAUGCACUAAGGACUGAAUGACCUGCCUUGUUCAUUUUGCCACUGGAUAAUGUAAGUUAAGAAUGGAAUUGUUAACCCUAACUCUGUGUUUUCUUAACUUUCAUCAGUUUCUAAAGAAAUCUAAUUUAAGUGUUUGGGGUUUUGUUUGACCUGUAUUUAUUGAGUUCUGGUCACAGGCCAGGAGCUGCAUGUCAUGCUAAUGGAUGGCCAGAGCACAGUCAUUGGGAAACGUAAUAGCUCAAGACCUUCGGAAUCGUUUAACUUAUUUUGUAUGUUGCAAAAAAAAAAGUUUAUUUUGCUUGAGAGUCACAUUUUUUAUAACUGUACAGCUUUUAAGGGAUGGGAAGUGGAAAAAUACCCUAAAAUAGGAUGUAGAUUUUUACAAUUGUGUUUAUGCUAGAACAUCUACAGGUGCAUUAUGUAAUUAAACCUAAAAUUGUUUAAAAAUUUGUGCCAUGGUCUUUUUCAUUCUCCUGCCCUUGAGCAGAGUUGGUGCAUAUCAAGACUGCUAUAUGGACAGGCUUUGAAAUUAGGCUAAUAAUCCUUGUCUCCAAAGCUUUUAAGAUCCUUGCAUGAAAAUUACACACACGUAUACACAUACAUAACAGAUCUAGUUUAUAUUAGUGUAAAUGGAUUGUCAACUUCGGAACAGCUAUAAUAGCCCAAGUUUGGCAGUUAAAGUGUGUGGUGUUUGUGAUGCCUGACUACGGUAUUCUCAGUGUUGGUCUAGUGUUUUGUUCUCUUAUCAAAAUAGCUUCUUGAUAAAGCUACAAUCCGAAUUGUAGCUUGCCCAAACCUGCCAGGUUUUGUAUACACCUUGAAAGGGAGUGUCCUGUGCUGGGAUAGAGGGGGGAAGGGCAGUGUUUUGCUUUCUUUUCAAAAUAAGAUGAGGAAGAACUGGAAUUGCUGUUUGGUUCGAGGUACUCAGUAGACUUAAUUCCACAGGAAUAUUUGCCUGCUGGAAGCAUGGCAGGAAGGGAUAUUAGCUUCAAAUUCUGAUUUCCCUCAUUUGAUAAAUAUUUUGACAUCUUGCAGAGCUGCCGAUUCUAGCAGUCUUAACAUGGCACAUUUUACCUAAGUUAUAUUAAGAUACUUUGUUUAAAUGCCAGUAUUUUUUGCCAUCUGAUCAUUUUACCAUUGUAAUUUCUCACCUUUGUAGCCAAAGUGUAUUCUUAUAAAGAAAUUCAUCGAAAUGUGUCAUAAUUUCUACCCAAGCUACCUUUACUGUCAACAAAUGUAGGAUAUCAGUUUCUCGGCUAUCCUCAUCCGUUCAGAGGUGAAGCCUGGGAAUCAUGAAUUUCCAGGUGAGCAAUACAAAUUCCAGAUAGGAAUUUGUAAAUGGUAUAUGUUAGAUUUUCAUUUUGAUUUUAAAGUAAUAGUAGCUGGGAUUCAGGGAGUGUUUGAUCAGAAUGCCUCUUGGAUUUUCAGACAUACAUGAAAUACUUUAUUUUCCUAUGCAUAAAAAAUUAUUCCUGUAAUAGGUUCUCAGAAUGCUUUAUUUUGUUUCUAGGAGAUGAGAGCUAAAGCAGAAGCUCCUAGAUUCACAUAAAACUGUUGAGGUAAUCAGAAACACGAUGUUAGUCAAAUAGGGGAAACUGGAAUGAUCUCACCUCCUACAAGGUCCUGCAUGUUUGGGGGGUUGAAGGAGAAGACAUCUGAAAACUUGGGAAAUGGGACUCCAAUAAUGCACAAAGUAAAUUUUGUGCAUAGAAAGUAUGGGAAUUCCUGGUGGCUUAAAGCUUCAGGGGUUACCUGCAGUGUAUGACACCUACUGUGUUAGAAUUGCAGUGCAUAGUUAUUUAAAUACAAUACUUCUUGUAAGUGACAACCAAAAUAUGUUGUGGCUAGUGCCAAUAUUUUUGUUAAUGAAAUGUUCAAUGUCUCACUACAGUCUGAUCAGAACUCUUGGUGUUAUAAGCUAGGCCUAAAGCUAUUUUAUAGCUAUUGGCCUAAUUGUGUAACUUUUUCUUUCAAAGUGUUUUAUUAUAAUACUUC